AUGAAACCGUCUUCGACGAACGCGAUCAUGAUCGGAAUCGCUAUCAGCGACAUUUUCACGUUGGUGCUGACAGUCGAGAAGUAUCUGACUCUCGUGGACACUGAGAGCAAUGAGUGGUAAGUGAGUUAGACGAUCACUUUGGCUUUUCACACUCAUAUUUCAGUAUCACAUCCGACUCGCUGCUAAAAGUCUACAUCGACAUGCUCGCCUGGGCUCUCCAGGACUACUUGAGAAGGUGUUCCACGUGGCUGGCCCUUCUCAUGGCCACCGUCCGCACUCUGAUAGUCCGCAAUGCCCUGAACACAAACCACUCUCGACUGUCAACCCGUCGUUUCGGCUGGCUCACUGUCGUUCUCACCUUUUCCCUGGCCUCGAUGCUCUCUGUCUUCUACUAUUUCCGCUUCAAAAUCGUUGAGAACAGGCAGUCAGCGCUGCCGAUCAGCUGUGAAGAGUUUCAGGACAUUCAUAGAACCCCACGAUACACGUUGACUAUGGCCCACUUGUUCGCGGAAAACGAUGAAAUCGUGUUGAGAGUGUACUUGAUGAUCGAUGCGAUCGCGUCGAAAUUCAUUCCCUGUCUCUGUUUUCCGAUUCUCACAAUGCUUCUGAUUCGAGCGUUACGGAAGGCAAAGCACGCGCAGAAUAGCGCAAAGUCGGGAGAUCAUGUGGGAUUGGAAUGAGAAUAACGUUUUUUCAGACAGAGCCAGAACCCGACCACAAAACUUGUUAUUCUCAUGACAAUCGCCUUCUUUCUGGCGGAAGCACCACUCGGCUUCAUCGUCAUGAUCAAGGCCUUCUUCCACGACAAUCACCUGUUGAUGUGAGUAGCUAACAAGCAGAACGGCUCCGUCUAGAAUGCCUUCAGAAUCGCCUCCGUCGACGUCGUCAUCGUGUUCGCGUGUCUUCUCACUGUCAACUCCACGUGUCACUUCUUCUUUUGCCUAUUUCUAUCGAAACAAUAUCGGUCUACACUUUUGCGUCUAGUUGGCAUCCAACAAGUUGUAUGGUCAAAGACAGAGGACAACCGAAAAAAGAACAUGAGCAGUAACUCUGUGCGACGAACGAAUUAACAAACGUUUCGAUCCCGGAGUGCUCUUCUUCAAGUGUCCACUGCAUUUCAAUCGAUACCGGAACUACCUGCUGACCCAUAUCAUUUCGUAAAAACGUUAGAGAACCAGUCACUGUUCAGAAGCUUUCGCUAAAUAUAGCGUUUGGUAAUCGAAAUAAUGAAUAGUUUUCCUACUUCUUAUCACCUGUCCCUCUCAUUUAUUCCUCGAUACAAAAAACUCUUGAUGAUCUAUGUCGGAAAUUUAACGGAUUCAGCUGAAUUCCUCAAAAGAUCUUUUGAGAUUUUUUUUUAGGAAUAGUACUUUAAAAUUUCGCCUACACAAUGAUUACUGAUCUUAUUGAUUCAUUCAAUUAAUGACUAACCGGAACCAUGUUUUUACACCUGCAUUUUCAUUUUUGCAAAAUCAUUGUUCACUGAGUUUUAGCAGGCUGCAAUGCUGAAUGCCACGUGUGCAUAUGAAGAUGAGACGUAUGUGACUGUCCUCCACUACACUUGCACGCUUGUCUCGAUUCCGGUGUACAGCGUCGCGUUCGGAGUGCUCUUCUUCAAGUGUCCACGACAUUUCAAUCAAUACCGGAACUACCUGGUGAUCCAUAUCAUUUCGUAAGACGAGUCAUUCAAAUUUCACAAGUUUUUGGGCUAUUUUUCAGAGGAGCCCUCCUCGAAAUCUUUAUGGGCGUCAUUUGGAAUCCCGCAAUCCCCUUCCCCUGGGCCAUCAUAUGCUGUAGAGGUCUGGCCGCCGAGUACGCGCCGAACGCUUUCCAAGUUUUCAUUUGCCUGCUCAUUUUUACCGGCAUCUCCGCCGUUUCGUUGUUCAUCUACCGAAUGGAACAGGCCACGCGUCAUGCUCCCCAAUCGCGUAUUCUGAAAAGUGUGCAGUACUCUAGAUACGCCUUCUAUCUCUCCAUCGGUGUCCUGUUCGGUUUCACGGUUGCCAUUUAUCCGAAAUUGACGCAUCAGAACGAGUACAAACUGAAAAUGAGUCAGGUAAAUAAAUAAAUCACAGCCGACAGUUGAUACCUUCCGAUGCUUCAGGAACGCGGAGCCCUUGAAGGUUACAUGUGGUGCGACAAUUGCUAUUUCAUGCGAUUCGACUCCUGGAUAUUCUUCUCUUUCGUCACCAUGGCAUAUGUCACCGUGGCCUUCGGAUUCCUGACCGGCGGCUUCGCCGCUGUCAUCGCAUUCCGUUCGCUAAACUCGGCGGCGGCUAGUUCAUCCGCCAAGACGGCAGCAAUUCAGAAAAAUUUUCUGAACAGUCUGCUAAUUAUGAUUAUCGUGCACACCUUUCUGAUAUUUAUCCCGCUGGCCCUCUACCUUCUGGCUAUGAUGGUUCCAUUGCAGCCGUCGCGUGAGUUAUUACAUUUUCAAUUUGAUUCCAACUCACCGCAUUCAGCUGUUCCUCACUUGAUUGAGCUGAUGCUCCAGGAGCAUGGAUUCUGUUCGACGCUCAGCAUGCUUUUGACCAACACGUUAUUGCGAAGAGUGGUGCGGGAAACGUUUUUGUGCGGAUGCGAUCGGAAGACAAUCGCGACGAGCAACAGGCGGAGCAGGGAGCAGAGAUCUGA